CUCUUUUUUGUCUCGUUUAUUUCAAGAACAGAAUAUAUUUGAGAGGAUGAGCCAGGAAAAAGAAGGGGGGGAAAGUCCCUGUCGACAAGAGCCAUUCAAAUAAGGUUAAAAAUAAAAAACAGACAACCACAUUGUUCAGUUUCAAUCCGUUCUGCUUACUUGGCAUGAAUGACAGCUUUUGUUUUCAGGGCUAUUUCCGGGUCAUUGGUUACAACAUGAAGGUGCUUGAGUAGUCCACAUGAGGGCAGGAAGAUAUUUGAGCAGCAUCCAGCUCUAAUGUUGGGUUCGGGCCUCCUGUUCAAUGUUGUACACACACACACACACACACACACAGAUUGUUGAUCGCAGUGAAGCAAGCAGUCAAAUUUUUUUUUUUAAUAAAGACCAUGUGGGUAUUUGGGACACUUUAGUUUGAGAAGCAGGCAAGUUUGAUUUGAAUGUUACAUUUGAGUUCAUUUAAGAAGAUCAAAUUAUGCUUUUUAAAGAUAGUUUCAGAAGUCAGAUAUACUAAUAAUGAUCUCACGACCUUGUGACCUUGUGACUGACCUUUGGACCAACCUGACCACUGCGGGUUGGAAGCCACCGUGUGAACUCAUUGAAACGAACUCCGCCUCGACCAGCUAACAGUACGAAGCUGCUUCCAUGUAAAUGUGUCAACAAAAACAAUCAUUUAAUGUGGGAUAAUAUUGAACCCACAUGAAUAAUUGAUUGACAGAAGGAGGUCUUGAACUUUUAAUACUAGGGUACAUUUAGCAGCACUUUCACAGUUUUGUAAUGUUCAUUUAACUAAUCUGAAUACUUCUUCCCAGUGGUGGAAAGUAACUAAGAACAAUUGUGUGUUUGUCUAAAUAUGAUUAUUUACUUUCCAUGUUGUGAUACUUUGUACUUCAGCCCUUCAGAGAGAAAUACUAUACUUUCUCACUUCACUACAUUUGUUAUUCUAAUUUCAGCUACACGUCACUUUGCAGAUUCAGAUUGAUGAAUCAAAAUAUAAUGAUGUAAUAUUAUAGAUUGAUGUGGUGGGAAAACUACUCGGCAGUAUAUAAAGUCAUUCAAAUCAGCUCCACAUUGACCAGCAACGUGUUGAUGCAUCAAUAAGCAUGCUCCAAUGAUACAGUGUUCAUUGCUCUGAAAAGGGCGGUGCUCAGAGACACCAGUCGGCCUCGUCUGUUGCCUCUCACACAGUCACCUUUGAGGAGCCGGGGGGUCUGAGAAGAGACCGAACGCACCGAAAGCAACGCCCAUGAACCCAGAUAGCAGCUCUCCUUACAGCUGUCUGCGCCGCACAUAAAAUUAGACCCCCAGACAGUCGUACUGGGGGCUCCAGCAGGCAGAGCCAACUGGGGAGAAUCCAGUAAGAGUCGAGAUGGACCCAACACACAGCUCCAGUCUUCACUUUGGUAAGGAACGAAUACACUGAAUAUUUUCCUCUCUAACGUAGUUGUUCAGUGAUCUUAUCUUCCAGCACUCUGUAGGUUCAGACCAGUAUUAUUCAUUGUGCAUGUGUGUGUGUGUUGUCAGUCUGUUGUCAGUCAAUGAAGAGGGGAUCGGGCUUCACAGUAACCAGUGCUCUGCGUCUCGUCCUUGUUGUGUGUUCAGGGAGCUGCACACGCUGCAGUAAAGCUGUGUACGGUGACGGGGCAGCCUGCCGGGCCAUGGGGAGUUUAUUCCACAACACGUGUUUCACCUGCAGCGUUUGCAGCGAAAAGCUCAUCGGGAAGCCGUUUUAUACGGUGUCAGGAAGAAUCUACUGUGAGGCAGAUUUCUUGUACUCAGGAGCUCAUCCAUCCCAAGAAGUGUGCAGCAGCUGUGGGUAUUUAACCGUGGACAUGGUUCUGCAGGCUCGUGGGAAGUCCUACCACCCGUCCUGCUUUUGCUGUGUGGUCUGCAGACGGAGCCUGGAGGGCCAGCCCUUCAGCGUGGACGCAGACAGCCGGGUCUACUGUGUCAGCGACUACCACAGGGUCCGAGCCCCUCUGUGUGCUGCAUGCGGAGGGCCGAUACUGCCAACCGAGGGGUCUACAGAGUCUAUCCGGGUGGUAUCAUGUGACAGAAAUUACCAUGUAGAGUGCUACAGUGGUGAGGUAAAGCUCAUUUAAAGACAUAAGUAUUUUUAUAUAUGUUGUCCCCCACCCCCCCCCGACUGGUAUUGUUUUGUAAAUGUAAAACAUUACAAUCAGUUCUGUCUUCAGUAAAGUAGACCAAUAUACUGAGUAUUAUUUCGAGCUUUCUGUUUCUCAUCAGUUGUAUUGUCUGUGUAAAAUGAGUAGACCAAAAUGUACAUGGCCAGCCAAGUAAUUAGGAAACCCCAGAGGAGUCUUGAAUACUCAAAUACCAUACUCCUCUCUUCCUUUACUCUCUCAGUUUGAGACUAUGAACUCUGGGAAGUGCUGCAGGGGGCCUUUAGUCUAAUAUGAUUACAAUCAGAUGUCAUAACAUAUAUAAGAUGUUAUAUGUUAAUGGUAAUGUUUACCAUAUUGUUUGUAUUUAUAUUAUUUUGUUUGUGUUGUUUUGUUGGCGUAUUUGUAAAUUGUCUUCUGUUUUUUCUGUUGUCUUGUGGACGAUAAA